AUGUAUGGUUUCUCCAUCGCUUGGACGUCACUUCCCCCUUCACUACAGCAUAUUAUAGACAGGUACUGUGUCCAUCCUAUCGCAAGUGAUGUGCGUCUAACGCACGCUGUUCUUCCAUCGUCAUCGUCAUCACGUCGUGCGAGUGCCGAGAAUGAUGCAACUCAGCCUGCCUCAAUGACGACUUCAGAUUGGUCCCCUAAUGCGACAUCAAUAGAGGCAACUGAUGACUACGUCAAUCACGAACUGUGCCUGCCCACACAGUGGCUGCGGUUCAGGCCUUUAAGAAAUGAGAUUUGGAAGCUAUCCCGUGAAGAAAAAGCGUGGAAACCUUGUUGGCUGACGCUUUGCGACGAUCCUAAUGGUGGAUGUGAGCUUGUCGUCGCUGACACGGAAGUGGUACGUUUCUAUAUGUUGAACUCUACGGAGACAAAUUACACAAGCUUACUAAAGAAGAAGGAUUUUGCUUCUCAUGCACUGUCAGGGAUAUUCUGA